AUGCCCAGUUGCCUCACAAGCCGCACCCACUGCCACAAGCUCUUCAGCUUCGCGCACAGGGGGGUGUUGAACUUCGCUCCAUCUCACUUCUAGGACAAUAUGCGCUCACUGAAGUAGAGGUGCCUCGCCUUUUGGUGCAGUGGUAUAUUGUUCCUUCAUAGAUUCCUCACACCACUCGCGCGAUGAAUCGCCGGACGAAAUCGAUUUCCUCACCCAACACCACCGCGCCUUCAUCGCCACCGACGACGACAACUCUGACACAGAAGCCAUUCAACCAGUCAAGUCCAUCACCAGCGACCCACAGACAUGGCGCGAGGCAAUGUCGGGUGACAAGCGCGAAGUGUGGGCCAAGGCCGCUACCGACGAGUUCAAUUCCAUGCGCGACGACUUCAAGGUCUUCACCAUCGAGGACCGAUCCACGGUACCAGCGGGUGCGACCAUCGUCACAUCCAAGUUCGUCUGGAAAACGAAACGGAAUGCACUCGGCGAAGUCACCGGCCACAAGGCACGGCUCGUGGCGCAGGGAAAUCGGCAACGCGACGGCAUCGACUUCAACGAAACCUUCGCACCAGUCGCACGCUUCUCCUCGAUACGCUCACUCCUCGCGCUGGCGGCCGCCAACGGCUUGCACGUGCACCAGGCGGACAUCGACAAAGCCUAUCUGCAUGGCGACCUUGACCAUGACAUCUGGAUGACGACACCGCGCGGCUUCGACCUUCCCACCGACAAGGUGCUUCGUCUGCGACGCUCCAUCUACGGACUCAAACAGGCUGGCCGAAUCUGGAAUCGACACAUCGACGCAUCGCUUCGAGAUCUCGGCUAUACGGCGACGGGCACCGACCACUGCGUGUACUCUCGGAUCGACGAUCGGCGACGCCCACACUACAUCGCGCUGUACGUCGACGACCUCCUGAUGAUCAGCCCCGACUUGGCCGAAAUUGAACGUGUCAUCUCGGGCCUCGAACAACGCUACGGCGUCAAGCGCCUCGGCCCGGCAGAGUACAUCCUCGGCAUCCAGAUCAGGCGACUCGAAGACGGUUCUAUUGCCCUGUCCCAGGAACGGUACAUCAUGGACGUGCUUGCUCGGUUCCACUUCGACACCACGACUCGCGGCACUACAGUCCCGAUGACCCCCGGCCUUUCGCUCACCGCCAUCCCGGGUCAAGGCACCGAACGGAUCAGGUCAUGGUGUCAGGAGCACAGCCUGCACUGCCAUCAAUACUCGAAGGAAGUCUCCCAAGUUUGCGGCCGGAGUCGACAUCAGCUACCGGUUUGUUCGUUGCAAGCAUUGUCGGCGCGAUGGUGUAGUCGUGAGGGCGCGCGGGCGCGCACUCAGUGGUCGAGGGUUCGAUCCGCCCGGAGCGUGAUCUGCCUUUUGGUUUCUUUUCCUUUUUGUUAUCCGAGGCCCGGCUUCGGGGUUUUUACCGGUGCCUUGCAGGCAAUCCUUUUUACCCCUGAAGCGACCUCGUGGUGUAGUUAUUUGAUUCAGUCUUUCCUUCGCUCGGAGCACUUCCCUCCUUUUGCUUUUGCCACCCUUCCCCUAGAGCUUGGUCCACUCAUUAUCAUGACUCGUACCCUCCCUCUUUUUACCCAUUUCGCUGGCAAUUAAGUCCGUUACACUUGAUUUGCUGCGAAGCCUUCCGACCGAAUCCACUCCGCGGUUGCCUCUCGGUCGACUUCCGCCGCCCAGCCGACUCGACCUUCCCACCGGCCUGGUCAGCUAUUUCUUGGAUCGUUUGCCCUCCCUCUUCUGUCCGACCUCGUUGGCUACCAUAGUUCGGUACACUGGACUUGCUGCGAGCCUUGCAGCCGCGUAUCCUCCGCGGUUGCCUCUCGGUCGACUGCCGCCGCCUCGGUCGACACCCCCUUCGCUCCUUCGCGCUUUCGCGCGCUCUCUCGCUCUCUCCCUCGUCUCUCGCGUGUAGUCAUCGUCAUCCCCUCCGACGUUGCCUGUCACAUGGUAUCUGCAGGCUAUCGGCUCGCUCCUCUACAUUUCGCUCGGCACCCGCCCCGACAUCGCCUUCGCCGUGUCCUACCUGGCCCGCUUCGCCAACAACCCUGGACGUCGUCACUGGAUCGCGGUCAAGCACAUCCUCCGCUAUCUCCGGGCCACAUAUCGCGACGAACUGGUUUAUGCUUGCGGCGAGACACGCAUCACGGGCGUGGUUGGCUACUCCGACGCGAACUGGGGGGCCUGCGUCGAUACGUCGGUGUCCACUAUGGGCUACGUCUUCUACAUUGCCGGAUCCGCCGUGUCUUGGUCGUCCAAGCGUCAAUCUCGAGUUGCCGAUUCUACCACCGACGCUGAAUACCUCGCCCUCUCGCAUGCUGGCAAGGAAGGGAUCUACCUCAGUCAGCUGCUCGAGGAGCUCCAUGUCCAACCUGUUGCACCGGCUCACAUUUUUACUGACAAUGAAGCCGCUGCCGCAGUUGCCCACGACCCUGUCCGCGUCUCCGGCACUCGACACAUACGCUUGCGCGAGCACUUUGUUCGGGACAUGGUGAAUCGGGGCGAUAUCUCACUCUCGCAUGUGGGAACCAGCAACAUGGUGGCCGACAUCUUCACAAAGGCUCUUGGCCCAAAGAUUUUCUCGACACACUGCUACGCACUAGGCCUUCGCACUCGACACCCACGGUGA